GCAGUGUUUGCCUUUUGAGUUGGGCGAUGAGCUGGGUCCUCCUCUUCAGCUGUUCCAUCCCAAAUGUCUGUGCAGCAGGCUCUGUCACCCUGUGACCUGCAGGUACUGGGAGAUCUGUAGGGAGGACACCGGGACAUCCCCGGAGCUGGGAAAUGGGAGUGUUGACAUUCAAGGAUGUGUCUAUUGAAUUCUCUAUGGAUGAGUGGGCCUGCCUGGACCCUGCUCAGCAGCAUUUGUAUUGGGAAGUCAUGUUAGAAACCUACAGAAACCUGGUCUUCCUGGGUCUUGCUGUCUCUAAGCCAGAGCUCAUCACCUGUCUGGAGCAAAGCAAAGAACCCUGGAAGGUGAAGACACAGCUGACACUAGUCAAGCACCCAGCUCUAUCUAAUCAUUCCACCCAAGACCAUUGGCAAGAGCUGAGCACAAAUAUUUUAUUUCCAGAGAUGAUCCUAAGCAGAUAUCAAAGCUGUGGCCCUGAGCAUUUAAACUUCACAAAAGACUGGAAAGGUGUGUAUGAGUGUGAUCAGCAGAAAGUAUAUUACAGUGGAUAUGACCAAUGUUUAGCAGCUACCCAUGGCAAAGUCUUCCAAUGUAGUAAAUGUUUGAAUGUCUUCAGACAGUUGUCAAAUCUAAAUAGACAUAAGAUGAUAUGUACCUUAGAGAAAACUUUUAAAUGUAAAAAGUAUGGGAAAGCCUCUAAGCUCUACUCACACAUCACAGAACAUAAGAUAACAAAUACUGAAGAAAACCAAUCCAAAUGCAAAGAAGGUAGCCAAGUCUUCAAAUCUUGCUUAAGACUCCAUACUGGAGAGAAACUCAAUAUGUAUGAAAAUGAUGGCAAAAGUCUUAGUCAUAGGUCAAAGUAUUGUAGCUAUAAGAUUGUGAAUACUGGAGAAAAACCCUACAAGAACAAGGAAUGUGACAAACUUACCAAGCAGUACUCACACAUUUAUGGCCAUAAAACAAUUCAUUCCAGAGAGAAACGCUACAAAUGUCAAGACUGUGGCAAAGCCUUUAAAUAUUACUCAAACCUUUCUGUACAUAAAGUACUUCAUUCUGGAGGGAAAUCAUACAAAUGUGAAGAAUGUGGCAAAGCCUUUAUCAGGCACUCACUUCUCUCUAGACAUCAAAGAAUUCAUUCUGGAGAAAAGCCCUACAAAUGUCAAGAAUGUGGCAAAACCUUUAACAACUGCUCAAGUCUUUUAGUACAUCAAAGAAUUCAUUCUGGAGAAAAACCCUACAAAUGUCAAGAAUGUGGCAAAGCCUUUAACCAGUACUCAAAUCUUUCCAUACACCAAAGAAUUCAUUCUGUAGAGAAACCCUACAAAUGUCAAGAAUGUGGCAAAGCCUUUAACCAGUAUUCACACCUUUCUAGACAUCAAAGAAUUCAUUCUGGAGAGAAACCCUACAAAUGUCAAGAAUGUGGCAAAUCCUUUAACCAGUCCUCAAAUCUUUCUGUACAUCAAAGAAUUCAUUCUGGAGAAAAGCCAUACAAAUGUCAAGAAUGUGGCAAAACCUUUAACCAGUGCUCAAAUGUUUCUGUACAUCAAAGAAUUCAUUCUGGAGAAAAACCCUACAAAUGUCAGGAAUGUGGCAAAGCCUUUAACCUUUGCUCAAGUCUUACUGUACAUCAAAGAAUUCAUUCUGGAGAGAAACCCUACAAAUGUCAAGAAUGUGGCAAAGCCUUUAACCAGCACUCACACCUUUCUAGACACCAAAGAAUUCAUUCUGGAGAGAAACCCUACAAAUGUCAAGAAUGUGGCAAAGCCUUUAACCAGCACUCAAACCUUUCUGAACAUAUAAGAAUUCACUCAGGAGAGAAAACAUACCAAUGUCAAGAAUGUGGCAAAGCCUUUCUUGUCAUUUCAUCUCUUACUAGACAUAAAAGAAUUCACUCUACAGAGAAACCCUACAAAUGUCAAGAAUGUGGCAAAGCCUUUAACCGGCACUCACACCUUUCUAGACACCAAAGAAUUCAUUCUGGAGAGAAACCCUACAAAUGUCAAGAGUGUGGCAAAACCUUUAACCAGUACUCAAGUCUUUCUGUACAUCAAAGAAUUCAUUCUGGAGAGAAACCCUACAAAUGUCAAGAAUGUGGCAAAGCCUUUAACCAGUACUCACACCUUUCUAGACAUCAAAGAAUUCAUUCUGGGGAGAAACCCUACAAAUGUCAAGAAUGUGGCAAAGCCUUUAACCAGUACUCACACCUUUCUAGACAUCAAAUAAUUCAUUCUGGGGAGAAAACCUACAAAUGUCAAGAAUGUGGCAAAGCCUUUAACCGGCAUUCACACCUUUCUAGACAUCAAAGAAUUCAUUCUGGAAAGAAACCCUACAAAUGUCAAGAGUGUGGCAAAACUUUUAACCAGUACUCAAGUCUUUCUGUACAUCAAAGAAUUCAUUCUGGAGAAAACCCUACAAACAUUAAGAAUCUGGCAAAGCCUUUCUGAACAUAUAAGAAUUCACUCAGGGCGGUGCCUGUGGCUCAGUCAGUAAGG